AUGGAGGCAUUCGCACUGAACACUUUGGUGUCGAUGACAGUUCUGCUGCUACUUGUUGCAGUAUACCUCGUUCGACAAUCCCGAUGGCGGUCGAAGUACAGGUUUCCGCCCAGUCCUCCUGGGUGGCGACCUUUUACAGGACAUUCUCAUUUAAUGCCUAAGGAGUUUCAUGGGGAUAAAGCCAAAGAAUGGGCUGAUCAACUGGGUACUGAGAUGAUGCACUUGAGGCUCGGUGGUGUUGACUGGGUCUUUUUGAACUCUUCACGAGUUGUCGAGGACCUGUUGGAAAAGCGCUCAUCCAUCUACUCGAGCCGGCCAGCGUUUGUCAUGGUCGGCGAAAUAAUCUCCCGGAUGAAGCGUUUGGUCCUGCAACCGUAUGGAACAGAAUGGAAAAAUUUACGAAGAGUCAUGCAUAUUCUCCUCACUGGUUCUUCUGCCGAUUCUUACAGACCAUUGGAAGAUCUCGAGUCUAAGCAGGCCAUGUGGGAGCUUUUACACAAUCCUGAAGAGUGGCAUUUGAGCACUAUACGUUACGCUGCAUCUUUCACCAUAGGAAUGGUCUAUGGCGUCCGUCAAAAAGGCCACUCCGACCUCUUUCAGAAGGUGUCGGAUGCUCAAGAUGAGUUCUUGCGAAAUAAUGUGCCAGGCACUUGGCUGGUAGAUGAUUACCCACAGUUGCAAAAACUCCCACGAUAUCUUCACUGGUGGCGCUCAUAUGGCGACAAGCUCUUUGAGAUCACCCGGGAUGCAUUCAGGGGCUACUAUGAUCUCAUGGUAGAGAACACCAAGAAGGGUACCCAGAAAGAUUGCUUCGCCACCAAGUUCUAUGCAGAGACCGAAUCCAAAAAGGGGGGAGACUUCGACUUCGAUCAAAAGCUUUUUACCACUGGCGGCCUCAUUGAGGCGGGCAGUGAUACUACAAAGAACCAGCUGAACAUGCUGGUGGCAGCCAUGGCGGCGGACCCCAACACAUGGGUCAAGAAAGCUCGGACAGAACUUGACAGCGUCUGUGGAACCAGUGCAGAGCGUCUUCCCACCUUCGAUGACUGGGACAAGUUGCCCUAUAUCCAGGCUAUCAUGAAGGAGAGUAUGAGAUGGCGGCCUAACGUCAAUCCCACCGGCUUUCCGCAUGCCCUGAUCCGUGACGAUGAGUACGAGGGCUACGUGCUGCCCGCUGGCACCGUGGUUACGAUCAACAAUUGGGCUAUAAGCCUGAACCCCGAAGAAUAUGAAAAUCCGACCAAGUUCAAUCCGGACCGCUUCCUGAACGACGAUCUUUGGAAUCCUACCAAGGGACAUUACGGCUAUGGUGCAGGCCGGAGGACGUGCGCCGGUUUCAAGGUUGCACAGAAUUCCAUGUUCAUCUUCUUCAGCCGCUUCAUCUAUUGCUUUGACGUGCUUGAGGAUCCGAAUGAUCCAAUCGACACGUAUCACAUCCCAUUGACCCCGCCACCAGGGAAAGCUAAUGACCCGCCUUUCAACGCGAAGGUGAGAGUGCGGAGCAUGGCUCAUAAGGAGCUGAUUCUUGGCUCCUGUGCGGAUGCUCUGGAGGCAUAUGACUGA